AUGGUCAUAAUGCACUCCCGUGCACCUCUUGCCGCACUGCUCCAUGUAUAUUGCAAGCACUACUGUCAGGUGCUGCUCUGCGCCCUUGUUGCUGUGCUGUUGGUGCUGCUGGCCCUUGUUCCAGCGAACACCGGCACACCUGUGCAGAAGAUGCUUACCAGCCCGAUGCAGGGCGGUGCGUGGGUGCGCUCGCCAACGGCGGCCCCAAGGGUUGUAUUUGUUGUUGCUCAGACAGGCUACUCCCCCGGCUGGUGCAGGAUGAUGCUGAGCGCUAUUGUCUCCCGCGUGUCGGUCGUAUCGAUUGGCUUUGGGGGAAAUUACAGCCACACUGUCCGUAUAUCUUGGCUGCUGAACUACAUGGAGGAGGCGGGCCUGCGGGACGAGGACGUGGUGGUGAUGUUCGACGGCGGUGACACUUUUUUCACCAGGCCCCUUUGGGCAAAAGAGGCAGUGAAGGACUUUUUGGCAAAAACGGCGCCCAGCGCAGACGCCUUCAACGCCACGGCGGUGCAUCGAGGUGAGGCAAGUGCCCCCAUGCUCUUCUCGACGGAGCCAAAGUGUUGGGCACCGCAGGUAGACCUCGUGGUCCCGUCUGGACCCGAAGAGCAGUACGAGCGGUGCCGUUGGUUUUACGAACGCCUGUGGAAGGUCGCGAACUCUUCUGCAGACCAGCGCUUGGUGCAAUCGCCGCCUUCGGGGUUUCGCUACCUCACUGCUGGAUUAAUGGUGGGGCGUGUGUGGGCGAUUCGAGAGGCGUUCAAGGCCUACGCGAGCCUUUUGGCGAAGAGUGAUAAGUGGUGGUGCGACCAGACCAUCUGGGCGCUGUUGUUUGUGUGGAGCGUAACUCAGGACCCCGUUGUGGAUCCCGCCCUUCGCACGCGGUACGGCCUUCUGAGCCUUGACUACAACAACUCCUUCCUUCUCAUUCCGCGCUACACGCCUUUUGGGUCUCCGGCGAUUAUUCAUUUUGCCGGUCCGAUUUAUAUUUGGUGGAGGCUAUUGCCAAUUUAUCUGAACUACACAGACUGGUUUCAACCGCUGCGACAAUCCCCCACCUUUGCUCAGGAGGCGAGGGACUUACUGCAAACAACCACUGUGGCAGUGUUCGACGUCAAGGGGCGCGAAAGUGCAACCCGCUUCUCUGACGUCUGCUCGUUGAAGGACGUUCUCGACCCCCAAUGGCUCUCCCGGACGCUGGAGAAGGUGCCUGGGAUGUAG